UCUCUUCGAAUUUCGUCCUCGAUCGAUCUCCGCUGCUUUGCCACCGUCAUUUCGCUUACUCGUAAAAAAAAGUGAUCCAAUCGUCCGUCUGACCGAAAAAACAGCCAACAAAAGCAGCAACAACGGGGUUUAGUUUUGUGUGUGUUGAACCUACGUUUGUGCGAUGGUUGUCGAACGUCGUCAUCGCGUUAAUUUACUGCGACGUUUUUCCUUUCAAAAUUAUAAUGUCAACCACUCGGACGGGUUCUUUAGUUUUUAUGUUUCAUCAGCUGUGAAUAAUAGUCAUAAUAAUCGCAUAAUUUCAAGUAUGGAUCAUCCGGAUCCUGCUGCGAUUUGUCUUUUGUCGAAAAGUGUAAUUUUGUAUUGUGAAUAAGUAGAAGAAACAGACAGAACAAUACGCACAACUUUUUUUUUUCUCGUGAAAGGCUUCAAAGGCAGACAGGAAAAUUUGCCAUUUUGCUGCAAUCUAAUGGCACCAGAUGGAUUUGUUGUAAUGUAAGGCGAACUGAAACGCAAGCUAGAUUAAUUUAGAUAAGAUUGGUUCAAUGGUAGAACAUUUUGGCUGAGCAGGAUCGUUCGGAGUCUAUUGGUUCGUGUAAAUGAAGUACUGAGUGACAACCAUAAAAAUAUGUUGUUUACGAAAAUAUGACCUAACUACGAACAGUAAGGUGAAUCUGUGCAAUGAUCAAUAUUGGUGUGUAAAUAAUGUGUAUUGUAAUAGGCAGCAUUAUUGGAAGAUUUGUCUGUGUCAUCAAGUGAGACGGAGUUUCUAGUUGAUAAGGAUUGUUCUAAAAAAAAAACUCGGAAAUUAUGGAUGAAAAUACGGGAUCCAAUGGCGGAGGCGAAACAGACAUGCAUUCUUCCCCUUCCUCCAGUCGAGUCUUUCGACCUGACACCUUGCGGGAUAUUCUGGACACGGCAAUUCAAUCCAAUGUUGAUUCAGCCGAGGCUUCAGAAUUGGAUGUUGACGCACCGCUAUUCGCAACCGGUGGCCUACAUGACUAUAUGCCACCACUGGUCCUGCCACGGGGACGGAAUGCUGCCAAUUUCUACGAUAACAUGGCUUAUUUUCCUCCAUCGGCGCAUGUAGAAACGGCUCGCACCAAUUUUGGCUUGUUUGGCCCCACUUCGGUUGGGUAUUUACCAUCUCAUCACCACCAGCAUCAUCAUCGUUCGCCUCAUAUAAUGCAAUCGGAUCGAUGCUCACCGAGUUUUCACCAUACAGCUUUCAGUUCGCGUCCUACCGGUACCGGGUCUUUCAUUGUACGCCAACCGGUGAAUGUCGAUCCAGUACCUGGUUCAAGCGAUGGCUCAAACUCUGCUAUGAGACCGAGGUCCUACUCAAGACCUCCGCGAUCCUCAGAAGAAGCCACUUCCAACUGGAACAAUCAAAACUUCCAUCAUACGCCGCAUUACUCAGGUGCUGGUAGUGGGGAUCGAGACGGGCGUGGUUGUUUCAACCGGAAACGCCACCACAACUGUGAUAUACACAAUAAACCCAAAAAAUCUACACAGUUGGAGAGAUCUCAUGCCCAUCACCCGGUGGUCGGAUCAGUAGAUUAUAGACUGAUCAAAAGGGAACCCCCGCCCAGCCGAUCACGGCCGCCGGUCAAAGCCGAACCGGAGGAGAGUUUAUCUGAACCAAAUAGGCCUUGCGAAAACCUGCUCCUACAAAUCAAGAAGGAAGAGAAACCGGAAAUGGGCGACAGUGCCAAGAUCAAACAGGAAAAUAACUGUCCCUGUGAUUUUUGUUUGCCCAAUCAAGGUGAAGAACGAAACUGUCAGAACCACCAUAAUAUGAUCAAGAAAGAACCAAAAGUAGAAUGUGCCAACGUCGUUAAACAGGAAUCGCAAGUCAAAAAGGAGGAAGAUUGUAAGGCUGAAUCGGACAAGCAGGAAAUAUAUGUUCCCACAGUAGCUGUUCCCUCGGAAGAGCCAAUGCCGGGUCCAAGUGGAUUGAAUCGUCACCUGCAAGACAUCUUGCAGCAGGAUAGAGGUAAUAAGCACGGGAACCGCUUUCCGGUUUUUUCCGAUGACGACGACGACGACGAUGAUGAUGAUGAUGACGACGACGACGACAACGACGAUGCUUGUGGUGAUUAUUGUAGUGGUGGCUCGGACGUUGCUGCCAAAAUCAGAAACACAUCCGAUGUCAAUGUGGAGGCAGGUUGUGAUCUCAGUGACCUGACCGAAGUCGAAGUGGAACCGGUAAACACAACUGACAUCAUCAAUGAAGCCCACGCCGAUACUUCCGGUCCUAAUCUGAACAACUCCACGAAUACGAGCAUGAUGGUGAUCAAUUCUAGUACAAGCAGCCUUGAGGAUGUAGUGGACAACCAACCCAGCCCAGAACCGAACAAUGAUGAGCUGCCAUUGGAUUGUGCUAAGGUCGAAUCGCAACAAAUCCAGGAUUCUCAGCAGCAAAGUGACGUCCUCUCGGCACCGGAUCUGCAGCUGGAUUGGGUCACCGAUACGAGCAGUAUCAGCGAUGAUAGUGAUGUCGUUGUGGUUUAUCCAGACGCGGAGAAUGGGCGGGAACCGAUUGAUCUGACCAAUGAAUCUGAAGAUGAAAAUGUUGGUUGGAUGGGCGACAGAAGAAUCGACGAAAGUCGCAGUCUUAGCAGUCUGGGACGUUCGCCAACGUCUUCGGAGCAGAAAGCGCGUAAUUUCGUAAGCCGGUCGUCGGGAUUCAUGGCCUACGGGACCCAUCCGGGAGGAGGUCGGAGUUCGACGCUGCCGGAACCUGGUCCUUCAACAUCACAGCCGCAGCAGCAGCAUCAACGUCUCCGACAGUACCACAGUCCUCAGCAGUCGCACUCGCCCAUUCCUGCACAGAGGCACUUCCGCACGUGUCAGCACCAUGGUGCACUAGAUGGUGGAUUUUCUCCUAGUGGCCGCCGAUGGAACAUGGUUCCGCGAACACCGCGUCAGGAUGCCAGCAUGAUGCGACCGACGCCAUUAUUGUCGACGAACUAUCCGGCCGCGGGUCAUUCCCAGGAUAUGCAUCGUUCCACGGUGGACGGAGGAACGGCUGGCACUGCUUCCGGUGGAAUUGUUGAUAAUGCGACUAAUAGCAAUGCUGGUACGGUUAUUGACAACACCAGCAGCGGUAGUUUUAGUCGCAUGAAUCCGUUCUUCGGA